AUCAUGCAUCUUGCUCUCGCAUAAAAAAUGCUUUGGCCCUUGAGAUGAUGGCCUCGGGCAGAACAUGUGUGCCACCGAUAGUGUGACACCUGCAUGUCAGAGAGACAAGGUGGGUGAGCCCAACAUACCUACCUUUGGCUUCCUCUUCGACAUUGACGGGGUACUGGUACGAGGAAAGACUCCAAUUCCUGCUGCAAAAAAAGCCUUUCAAAAGCUAGUUAAUUCUCAGGGACAAUUCUUGGUGCCGGUAGUAUUUGUCACCAAUGCAGGAAACUGCCUUCGCCAGAAGAAAGCUGAUCAGUUGUCUCAUAUUUUGGGAGUGCCAAUUUCACAAGACCAAGUUGUGAUGUCUCAUAGUCCUUUACGGAUGUUCAAAUGUUACCAUGACAAAUGCGUUCUGGUGUCUGGGCAAGGACCACUUCUUGACAUUGCCAAAUAUCUGGGUUUUUGUCAACCUAUUACCAUUGAUAUAUUGCGUGAGACAUAUCCUUUCCUGGAUAUGGUUGACCAUGACAGACGGCCUAAAGUUUUGCAUUUGCCAGCUAUGGAACUUCCCAAAAUUGAGGCUGUUGUUUUGUUUGGAGAACCAGUCAGAUGGGAGACUAAUCUUCAACUGAUGAUAGAUGUUCUGCUGACUGGCGGCUGGCCUGGAAAGCCACAUCAUCAAGCCAGUUACCCACAUAUACCCGUGCUUGCCUGUAAUAUGGAUCUGAUGUGGAUGGCUGAAGCACAGUCUCCAAGAUUUGGGCAUGGAACAUUCAUGGUUUGUUUGGAAAAUAUUUACAAGAAGAUCACUGGCAAAGAACUGAAAUAUGAGGCCUUGAUGGGCAAACCCAGUGAACUGACCUAUCACUAUGCAGAGUACCUGAUUAGGAUGCAGGCAGCACAAAGACACUGGAAGAAGCCUAUUCAAACUCUUUAUGCCAUUGGGGACAACCUAAUGACUGAUAUCUAUGGUGCUAACCUUUAUAAUCGUUACCUUGAAGAGAAGAAUUCCAGAAAAGGUUCCAAAGGGCGUAUCCAGGCCAAAGUUGCUGCUGGGACCAGGUCUGCCACUAUUUCUCAGGAUGAUGAAAUAGACCACACUUGGCAAAAUGAACUAGCACCUCCUACUGCCACCAGUUGUAGGUCUGUUCUUGUUUGUACUGGGGUUUACAAUCCUCACACAGAGGUGCCCUCUGACACCAGAGAGAGUAUAACUGAGACUGUGUUCCAUGGUCACAGAGAUUUUAGAUUUGAUCCUGCUUUGGUAGAGCCAGACCAUAUUGUACCAGAUGUUGAUGCUGCUGUAGAUCUGAUCUACCAGCUGGAGAAUUUUGCACCUGAUCAAGAUACUAGUACUUUUUAAGGAUUCUUCGUCCAAAAGCACAUCAGGGUUUACAGCACAGUACAAAAUGUUGCUUUCUAACACGUUUAACCCUUUAACCUCAAUAUUUUAAAACACUUUCCUGAACUAGCCUCUCCUACGUAGCACACCAGAACUGGCUUUGUUUGUCAUAAUUACCUCCUGACCGUAAUGUUAUGAGGAAAGUAGAAUUUCCAUGUAUUUUAAAGUUUAUUAAUCAUGUGUCUUACAUUUCUUCUGUCAAUUGUACACCGCUACCUCGAUAUAAUGCCACCCGAUAUAACACAAAUUUGGAUAUAACGUGGUAAAGUGGUGC